UCCUCCUGUCCUCUCUCUCUUGAGGUCCACAUUUUUAUGGGUUCGAGUAUAAAAAGACGGGUCAGAGUGAAAUUUAUCUCAAACUUUCACUUGUUUCAGUUUGGUAAUUCUACUCCAAAGGAUAGGUCGGAAUAAGAUUGAGUGCUUAUCGUCAGUAUAGGCCUCCGCCAUGUUGGGUAUGAGAAUCAUUAGUUUGGCGAUGGCUGUCCUGUUCCUCACCGCCUUGGUCAACCAACAGGUUGAAGCUGGAAAGAUAAAAAAGCUGAUUGCUGCAUCUGUGAUUGCAGGAGCACUGAAACCCAGAUUCGUUCCAGUUCCUAUUCCGAUACCCUUCAAGUUGAAAAUACACAAAGGCGAUAAAGUUGUUCCAUAUCCAGUGUAUAGUCAUUCAUUCUCACAAGAAGCCCACUAUGAAGGAGGUGGAGGAUACGGAGGUGGAGGCUUUGGAGACGGAGGUUACGGAGGUGGAGGUUUCGGAGGUGGAGGAAGUUACGGAGGAGGUAGUGAGUGGUGGUAAAAUAAACUAUUAGAUAGUACUUUGUGCCAAGCUAUCAAUCAUCUUCAUGAAGGAAUCCAUUUUUCUGUUGUAAGAAUUAUAACUUUACUGCAUUUCUAGUGUGUACAUAAAUGUUGCCAUUUGCAUUUUGUAUAAAUAUUAUUCACUUGUUAAAUAAAAUGUUUCCUAAAUAA